UCCCGACAUCUAUUAACCACACAGAUUUUGUGCUGAUGGGUUUCAGCCUGGUUCACACUCAGUCGACCUCACACACAUGGUCUACUUUAGGAAGUAAGGAAAUAUUCUACAAACUUCUACUCGCUCGCAAGCCAAACGCAGCCAAGCGGCAGAGAACCAGGACCUUCCUUCAUCAGAAAAUCUGUCGACGCCUCGUCAUCAUGACCCCUGUAACGGCUCCUGCUGAUUCCCGACUCUUCCGAUGCUCAGCUUUUCUGAAAGGCGAGCCCAAAGCACUGGGGACUGUGCAGAUCAUGAUCGGAAGCUUGAAUUUCUUGUUCGGUAUUGUUUUAUCCUUGCUCAUUGUCACACCCAUGGUCAUCAGUGGUAUCACUUUGUGGGGAUCUCUGGUCUUCAUUAGCUCUGGUGCUUUAUCAGUCGCUACAGCCAAAAAGCAUAAUCCAUGCAUGGUGAACACCUCGUUGGGAAUGAACGUGUUCAGUGCUGUGGUUGCAAGGGUCUUGAUCAUUCUCCUCUCAGUGUACAUGUUGAUUCUGCGUUUCUCCAUUGACUUGUGUGAAUAUUACUCCUCUAGUGACUAUUCUUCAAACUAUUCCUCAUACAGAUGUCAGCAGCGCGUUCAGUCAAUGUAUGGACUCUAUGGAGUGUUGUUGGUUUUCGCUGUGCUCGAGUUCAUCAUUUCUAUCUGCACUUCUUCUUUCGCCUGUAAAGCUACCUGCUGCUCCACAACUACACAGAUGACUACACAGGUGAUUUAUACACAACAACAACAACAACCGAUGAAUCAACAGUUGAUCCAAAUUCCUGCCUACAACCAAGUUCCACAACAAGCUCCUGUAAUCACCUACAAUGUUUAAAUGAUUAAAAAUGAUGUCAUUCAGGACUUUUCUGAAACUUGCCAUAUUUUUGCAGUCAAAUCCUGCUUCCUGUUUCAUCUUUGUGUCUAAAAAUGACCUAAAAUUUAAUUAAAUAAAAGAAUUUCAUGUAGAAGUAAAUUGCAAGAGCAGUUUAACUGUUGUAUAACGAUUGACUGUAUGAUUAACAAAUAAACAAAAAAAUUAAACUUUCCGCAUGCAAUAA